UCAGACAUGAUAUGCAGGCAGGUUGUCAGCAGGGGGCGGGGCUGUGACAACCUGUCAGACAUGAUAUGCAGGCAGGUUGUCAGCAGGGGGCAGCGCUGUGACAACCUGUCAGACAUGAUAUGCAGGCAGGUUGUCAGCAGGGGGCGGGGCUGUGACAACCUGUCAGACAUGAUAUGCAGGCAGGUUGUCAGCAGGGGGCGGGGCUGUGACAACCUGUCAGACAUGAUAUGCAGGCAGGUUGUGAGCAGGGGGCGGGGCUGUGACAACCUGUCAGACAUGAUAUGCAGGCAGGUUGUGAGCAGGGGGCGGGGCUGUGACAACCUGUCAGACAUGAUAUGCAGGCAGGUUGUGAGCAGGGGGCGGGGCUGUGACAACCUGUCAGACAUGAUAUGCAGGCAGGUUGUCAGCAGGGGGCGGGGCUGUGACUACCUGUCAGACAUGAUAUGCAGGCAGGUUGUGAGCAGGGGGCGGGGCUGUGACAACCUGUCAGACAUGAUAUGCAGGCAGGUUGUCAGCAGGGGGCGGGGCUGUGACUACCUGUCAGACAUGAUAUGCAGGCAGGUUGUGAGCAGGGGGCGGGGCUGUGACAACCUGUCAGACAUGAUAUGCAGGCAGGUUGUCAGCAGGGGGCGGGGCUGUGACAACCUGUCAGACAUGAUAUGCAGGCAGGUUGUCAGCAGGGGGCGGGGCUGUGACAACCUGUCAGACAUGAUAUGCAGGCAGGUCGUGAGCAGGGGGCGGGGCUGUGACUACCUGUCAGACAUGAUAUGCAGGCAGGUUGUCAGCAGGGGGCGGGGCUGUGACAACCUGUCAGACAUGAUAUGCAGGCAGGUUGUGAGCAGGGGGCGGGGCUGUGACAACCUGUCAGACAUGAUAUGCAGGCAGGUUGUGAGCAGGGGGCGGGGCUGUGACAACCUGUCAGACAUGAUAUGCAGGCAGGUUGUGAGCAGUAAUAGAUGUUCGUAAUCGUAUAGUAUAAGGUGUGUGGGUC